AUGAAGAAAAAAAAUGAAAGGAAGACGAAUGUAGAGCAAGCCAUGAGUGAUUAUCUAUUAAACCUUAGUCAAAUUUAUAACCAGUCCAGUUCAUUUAGUGAUAAUGAUAAUAUUUAUAAUAAUAAUGAUAUUAAUAAUAAGAGAUAUUUAAAAUUUAAUAAUUUUGGGAUUGACAAUAUGAUGAGAAAAAAAGGUUGCGAAUUAUUUUUAAAAGAUGAUAUAAAUUAUAUUGAUAAUAAAAGAAUUCAAUUGUCAUAUUAUGAUAAGGUUAUGAAUAAUAUAUUUUCAAAGAAAGAAAGAGAAAUUUAUAGGAACAUACAAAAUAUUAUUAAAACACAAGAAAGAAAUGAUACAGAUAUAGAAGUAAAUGAAUAUUUAUAUACUUAUUUAUUUAUUCUAGCUAUUAAAAAAAUGUUCUAUGAUAUUAUAGCACAGAAAAAAAUGGAAUGCUAUAUAAAUAUAAUUCGUAAUCAUAAUAUAAAUAAAAACAUGUAUCAUAAAAAGGAUAUAUAUCAAAGUGCAAAUAAUAAUUUAUGUAAAUUAAAAUAUAAUGCAAAUGAAAAAAGUGGACAACAAAAUGAACAUGCGUAUUACUCAACAGAUAUUAAAAUGGGUUCUCAUGAAUUAACUCAUAAUAUAGAAAAUAUGCAAAAAAAUGCGCAAAAAAAUGUGCAAAAAAAUGUGAAAAAAAAUAUGAAAAAAAAUAUAAAUAAUAAAGAAUCUGAAAAUAAUAUUUAUGAUGAUAAUAGUGGUGAGGAUAGAAACGUGGAUGAUGAAAAUAAAUUUAAAGAAAAUUUAAAAAAAAAAAAUUAUCAUCACGAAUUGAAAAACUUAGAUAGUCGCACUACAGGGAGUUUUAAUUCGUUAGAUUAUAAAAAUGAAGAUAACAAGUGUGAUGAUAAUAAGUGUGACGAUAAUAAGUGUGACGAUAAUAAGUGUGAUGAUAAUAAGUGUAAUAAUAACCAGUGUGAUGAUAAUAAGUGUAAUAAUAAUCAAUGUGAUGAUAACCAGUGUGGUGAUCCUCCGAAGGACGAAAUUACAUACAGUGCUUCCUCUAACAAUGAUGCAGAUAAGAUACAAAGAAAUAAAAGCAACAACUUUUAUAAAAAUUAUAUUAUAUUUUUAUACAAUAAAAUGAAGAAGAAUAAAUAUUAUUGGCUUGUUCCUUUAAGUGUUAUAUCGUGCAUAUAUAUAUAUUAUAAAAUGAGAGUUCGUGUUUGUUUUUUUUUUAAAAAUACAUAUAUAAAUACAUGUAGAUUUAUUACAAAUUUAUUUUUUAAUAAUAAUGGGUUACAUGGAAAUGAGAAUUUAAUACUUAAAGAUUAUAAUCAUUUUUUUAAUAAUAUAAAUAGAAAUAAUAUAAAGACGAUAUUAUUUAAUCCAUCGAGUAAUACAUUCACAUAUAUGUUAGAAAAAAAUACUCCAAAAACUUCAGGACUUAUGAUGUAUAAUAGUAGAUUGAAUAAUAGUGAAAGUGGCACUGUUGGAAGUAGCUGGUUAUCAUCACCAUCGUCAUCAUCAUCAUUGUCUACACAUAAUAAUAAUAAUAUAUUAUAUAUGAUAUAUUAUAAUGAUUAUAUUAUGAAAUAUCUUUUAAAAAAUAAAGUUUAUGAACAUGUAGAUUUUAGAGUAGACGAUAAAUUAUUAAAAUUAUCUAUAUAUGAUAUUAUUAAAAGAAAUAUGUUUGAUAUUUUAACCUAUACAUUUUCAAUUAUAACCUUUUAUUAUAUUUAUGAAAAAAAUAUAUCUAAUUGUAAUAGUAUAGAUUAUUCAUUUGAAAAACAGAAAAAAUUACAAUCAUUAAACGAUAUUAUAUUAAAUGAUAAUACAAAAAGAGAAAUAAAAACUAUGUUAUUUUUUGUUUUAUAUUCAAAAGUAUUUAAUGAACCACUUAAUUGUGAUACCAUUUUGUUUUCUGGUGACACAGGGACAGGUAAAACAAUGUUAGCUAAAACUAUAGCAAAAGAAUUAAAUUUCGAUUUUGUGCAUGUAUCAGGUUCUACAUUUAUAGAAUUAUAUAUAGGAAGUGGAGCAUCUAAAAUAAGAUCCUUAUUUAAAAAAGCCAAAAAAAAUAAUAAACCUAUGGUUAUCUUUAUAGAUGAAAUAGAUAGCAUAGGAAUAAGUCGUUCUAUGAAUAAUGAUGUAUCUAUAUCAAAUCAAGAAUAUGCACAAACAUUGAAUCAAUUAUUGAUAGAAUUAGAUUCAUUGCAUGAAUAUAAUAAACAUCAUAUGUUAUCAGAAGGGCAGAAACAAUGGAAUAUUUUCAUGUAUCUAAAAAAUAAAUUCAUUCAUAAUAUUUAUGGAAAACAAAACAAAACACACAACAGCAACAAUAAUAAUAAUAAUAAUAAUGAUGAAUAUUUAAAUGUGAAGGGUCAUACAAUAUAUGGAAAAAAUUCCUACCAUAAUAUUAAUAAUAAUAAUAAUAAUAGUUGGGGUGAAUGUCAAAUAAAUUGUGAUAAUGAAGAGAUCGAUGAAAAUAAAGCUUAUGAUAUAUUUAAUUAUUAUCUAAACAAUGAUCUAAGUUUAUACGAAAUUGAAGAGUUAUUUAAUUUGAAGAAAUAUCGAACCCAACAUUUUAUUCUUUUUAUAGGAGCUACGAACAGAUAUAAACAAUUAGAUUCUGCAUUAAUAAGAGCAAAGAGAUUUGACAAAGUCAUACAUUUUAAUUUACCUAACGUUAAUACACGUAUGAAGUUAUUUUCUUUUUAUAUAGAUAAAUAUAUAAAAACGAAUAGAUGUUAUAAUCAUAUGAAUAAGAAAAAAAAUGAAUUUCUUAUAUCUCCUAAAGAUCAUGGUUCUUAUAUGCAUCAUGAUAGUAAUUAUUAUGAUAUGAAUGAAAAGGAAGAUGUGUUUACAUACAUAAAUGAAACAGAAAAUAUAAAAGAUAAUAUAAAUAAAUAUGAUGAUGAUAAUAAUAAUAAUAAUAAUAAUAUUCCUCGUUGUGAUAGUAAUAGUUCCAAUACAGAUAUAUACAAUAAAAAAAUUAAGAAUAAUAACUCACAAAAUAAAAAUAAUUUAAUAUAUGGAAUACAACCAUAUAAUAAUAAAUAUGAUGAACAAUAUUAUAAUCAUUUUAAUUAUUUUAAUUUUAAUUUUAAUUAUAAUAUAAAAUAUGGACCAAGUGUAAAACCAUUUAUUAUAAAUAAAAAUAAAAAAGUACAUGAAAAAAAUACAGAUAUAUUUAAUAAUAUAGAUAUAUUCACUCUGUCGAUCCUAACAUUUCAUUGUAAUUGUGCUGAUAUUGAUCAGUUAAUAUAUUCAGUUAAAUCAAAUAUAAUGACAACAAGAAAUAUUAUUAAUAAAAAAGAAUUCAAUGUAAAUAAUUUAUUAAUGGCUAAUAUGAACGAUAUGUUAUAUAAAAAAUUUACAUAUGAUAAUCAUUUAGAUAAAAUAGUAUCACAAAAAAAUAUAGAUGAGCAGGAACCAUUUUCAUCAUCCUUUAAUAAUAGAAUAUUGAAUGCAUGCAAUGUAGAUUGUGAAGAAUAUUUUAAUAAGUUCCUUACAUAUUGUAAUAAUAUUUUCUUGGAUAAAAUAAAAAACAUGCGAGAAAAAAAAAGGAAUCAAAAUGAAAAUAUUCAAAAGGUAAGUGAUAAAGUGUUAAAGAAGUGUAGCAAUAAUAAUGAUGAGAAUAAUAAUAAUGAUGAUGAUAAUAAUAAUAAUGAUGAUGAUAAUAAUAAUAUUUAUUGUGAUGAUAAUAAUGAUAAUAUUUAUUGUGAUGAUAAUAAUGAUAAUAUUUAUUGUGAUAAUAUAGAUGAACAAAAUAAUAAUGAAUAUUGUAGUAAUGAUGGUUUUAAAAAAAAUAUGAACAAUAAAUAUUUUUCAUAUGAUGAAUAUAUAAAUUAUAACAACAACAAUAAUAAUAAUAAUAGAAUGAAUAUGAAAAGUUAUUUAUCCUAUGAUGAUUUAUUACUUUUAUAUGAAUCCAAAAAAAUUAAGUUACACUUGUGGGACCAUAAUUUAAAUGACAUACAUAAUAAUAAUUUAAAUAUGCAUACUAAUAAUUCUUUUAUAAAUGAACAGAUGCAAUAUUAUUUAUUAUGGAAAUCGAUACAAACGUAUUUUAAUACUUUACAUUUAAAUUAUAAAAAUAUUAGUUUUUAA